AUGGACGUUGACAUGUCUAUCGCGGGUGACGCCGCCCCGCCGCAGUCGAUUUCCCACGCUCCGAAUCAGUCUCCUCCCCAAUCUCAGUCGCAAUGUGACUCGCGAGCCAACGCGUCGCCCCCGAGCGCCGCCAACGCUGCCGCCAUGGCGGCCGGCCAGACGAGCUUUCGAAGGCAGCGAGCAUCACGAGCGUGUGAGACCUGUCACGCGCGAAAGGUUCGAUGCGAUGCUGCCAGCCUCGGGGUUCCCUGCACCAACUGCGUGGCUUUUCAGAUUGAGUGUCGCAUCCCGACCCCCAAGCGCAAGAAGACUCAGAAUACCGGGAGCCAGAAUGGAAAGGACUCGGACAGCGACCACGACGGCCCCGAUGAACGACAACGGCGAACGACGCCAGCAGGCGUUGCUACAGCAUAUCCACGCGCACCGACCGUGUCGCACACUUCGGACGGAACCCCUUCCUCAUCCAGGACAGAGGCACAAGCCAGGCAGGACGAAAUCGACAGCGGCACAUAUCUCAACUUAGUAAUGAAGCCGCAGUUCACGCGCGCGCCCAUCACCGAAGCUGGCCGAGUCGCUUUUCUUGGCGAAUCUUCCAACUUGACCCUGCUCGUCCACGACCGCCAGGGCUCCUCCGACGUUGUGCACUACCCACUUCCCGAGAACGUCCGCGGCUCUCGCGCCAGGCUUACCGAGCUGGACAAUGUCGAGAUCGACAUCCUGCAUCAGAGGGGGGCCUUUCUCCUGCCUCCUCGCUCCUUAUGCGACGAGCUCAUCGACGCCUAUUUCAAAUGGGUCCACCCCAUCGUGCCAGUCAUUAACCGGGCACGCUUUAUGAGGCAUUAUCGCGACCCCAAAAACCCCCCGUCUCUUCUGCUUCUCCAGGCUGUGCUCUUGGCCGGCUCUCGUGUCUGCACCAACGCCCAACUCAUGGACGCAAACGGCUCGACAACCCCGGCCGCACUGACCUUUUACAAGCGGGCCAAGGCCCUCUACGAUGCCAACUACGAAGACGACCGCGUCACAAUUGUGCAAUCCCUGCUGUUGCUUGGCUGGUACUGGGAGGGUCCAGAGGAUGUCACCAAGAAUGUAUUCUACUGGAGUCGCGUUGCCACCAUUGUUGCACAGGGGUCCGGGAUGCACCGCAGCGUGGAGCAGUCACAGCUCAGCAAGUCGGACAAGCGGCUCUGGAAACGAAUCUGGUGGACCCUCUUCACUCGUGACCGAUCGGUAGCUGUGGCUUUGGGCCGUCCGGUCCACAUCAACCUCGACGACGCGGAUGUCGAGAUGCUGACCGAAGACGACUUCAUCGAGGACGAGCCGGACCGGACCAGUGAGUUCCCGCCGGAUUCGGUUCACGUGCAGUUCUUUCUCCAGUACGUCAAGCUGUGUGAGAUAAUGGGCCUUGUGCUGUCGCAGCAAUAUUCGGUGGCCUCCAAGGGCCGGCAGCGGAAUGCCAUCGACUUGACGCACAGUGACAUGGCUCUGGCCGACUGGCUGCAAAACUGCCCCAAGAGUGUAUACUGGGAGAUGCCUCGCCACCAUUUCUGGUCCGCCCUGUUGCACUCCAACUAUUACACAACUCUCUGCCUUUUGCACCGCGCUCACAUGCCCCCAAGUGGCUCAAGCCGCUUCCCAUCCGAUUCCACAUACCCGUCACGGAACAUUGCCUUCCAGGCGGCCGCCAUGAUUACUUCGAUUGUCGAGAAUCUGGCUGCUCAUGAUGAGCUGCGCUACUGUCCGGCUUUCAUCGUCUACAGCCUAUUCUCGGCCCUCAUCAUGCACGUCUACCAGAUGAGAUCACCGGUUCCGUCAAUCCAACAGGUGACCCAGGACAGAUUGCGAAGCUGCAUGCAGGCCAUGAAGGAGGUGUCCCGGGUGUGGCUGGUGGGUAAGAUGGUCUACACGCUCUUCGAGUCCAUCAUUGGCAAUAAGAUGUUGGAAGAAAGGCUACAAAAGGCCGGAGUCAAGCGACAUCGGAGAAUGCAACAGAGCCUGACGCAGCUGGAGCAGCAGGGCAAGACGCAUGAUGCUACGAAGCGAAAAUACGACGACAUGGCCAUUGAUUUCACCGCCAACGCACCCACGCCCCAGGAAUCAUACGAACGGUCGAGGCCUCAAACACCUAGUGCUUGCAAGAAUGAGAGUGCAAGCUCAAUGCAGCCGCCCAACGUGCCAUCGCCCGGUUCUCGCCCAGCCGGUGGAGCUGACACCUUCAUGGGCGGCACCAGUUCGCGGCCACAGACCCGGCCUGCGUCGCCAUUCAACCCGUCUUUCUCGGUUCCCGCAACGCCGCCGGAUCUUUACCUGGUGACGAGGAAUUCUCCCAACAUCUCACAGUCACUAUGGGAGAACUUCCAACCCGAUCAGCUGUUCCCAGAGAGUUCAAGUAUGCCGGCUUUCCCCAGUCUGUCGCCAACGCAGGCGUACCAGAACCUGGACCAGAACCUAAUGGCUCGACUUACGCCAAGCAGCAUGGCACCCGGCACUCAUGGUCAGCCGGGCACUCAGUUCCAGGCUAGGGGUCAAGGCCAGGGGAACGGUAUGAUGCCAGUGCCCGGUUUCCAGGGCCAGCCGAACAUGUGGCAGUCUAAUUUAGACGGCGGCAUGCACGAUGGACAGAGCCCGGACAGCUGGAGUACCAGCUCAGCGCAGGGACAGCCAGCCCCGACGACGCUUAACGUGGAAGACUGGUUCCAAUUCUUUGGCAUCAACGGUGAUGCUAGUGCAUUGAAUCUCGACGCGUGUCUCUGA